AUUGAUUACUUCCAAAUGAUACACUCCUCUUCUCCGUUUCUCAGAGAGUACAGGAGGAAUACACGUGUGUUUCAUAUGUGUGUUUUCUAUUACAGUUUAAAUAGCUUUAUAUUUUAUCAAUCGACACAACGCUAAUUAUAUCAGGGUCUAUAAACAUGGAAGUAGACGGUGGAGGUGAUGUUAUGAUGGCUGAAGGUCCCGAUAACGACGCGGAUUCUCCCGUUGUGAGUCGCACACGGAGUGGUCGCAGACUCCGGACGCCCGCGGCCAAAACUCCCGUUCGCCGGACGAGAAAGUCGGUUGUCCAAGAAGAUCCGGCAGAAAGCAUCGAUUCUCGACAGGAAUCGCCUCCCGAUGAAUGUAACGUUACAGCAGAUACUAAAAGCGACCAGUGCAGCUCAGUCACAGUGUGUCCAGUUGUUACUGCGUCAUCAUCAUCAUCAGUAGAUGUCAGUCAAGAGUCAGUUCCGGACACGGUAGAUCAGACCAGCGAGAAGGAAAACGUGGUAAAUAACACAGAGACAGUGUCCACUGGUCCAACAGACCCCAAGAAAGGGGCCAAAAAAAGGACUCACUCUGAAUCCAGUGAGAAGAAAAGUAAGCCUGUGCCUCUUGGGAAACCCAAGUCUGGAAGAGUAUGGAAAGACCGAAAGAAGCAAAGGUUCUCUGCUCUGUUGAGAGACAAACCUUUGCGUACUUCAUGGGAAAAGAAGAUGGAGGCCAAGAGAGAGAAGCAGCAGGUGAAGCAGUACCACCAGCAGCUGAAGGAUGAGCAGGCCAGAGAAAAAGAGGACAAGAAGAGGAGGAGAGCAGAACAUCUAAAAAGACGAGCAGAGAACGAGAGAAAAGCGGAGAUUGUGCAAGUGAUUAAGAAUACAGCAAAGAUCAAGAGAAUGAAGAAGAAGCAGCUGAGGAAGGUCGAGAAAAGAGACACGCUGUCAAUGCUGCAGAAAACACCACCUAAUGUCAAGAAGGGAAAGGGGAAAACCAUCAGCCAUCUCGGAUGAACUGGCAUGCGGACCUCGAUAGAAUUUUUUUUUUAACUAUGGAAAUGAAAUAAUUUUGUAUCUUCAGAAAAUCACUGAGAGGUUUGAGUUGUGGAUCUGCUUCAAAUCUCUGGGUCUGAUGUAAUAUUUGUACAGCAACUUCAAGAAUGCAAAUAAAUGUUGAUUUCAUGGA